AUGCGUCCAAAAAUUUUUUCAAUACCUUGUAAUCAAGAAGAACCUCCAGCGAGCUCCGGAAAAGUGGUAAUCGUUUCUAUAAUUGGAAAAUCACAAUACCGUGCAAAAGGAUGCAAGUCAGAGAUGAUAAGUACCAAUCUUUUGGUAGAUCUUCUUGAUCACCCUGUUGUCAACGAUGAAACAAUGUCUGAAAUUGAAGGCUAUCAUGAUGAGAAAGAACGAGUAAUUUAUUUACACUUGAGAGGACUACUGGACAGUCAAACUUUGGUGUCACAAUAUGACAGUGUUAUAGAAAAAUUAGGAUGCAAGGAUUUUUUGAGUGCUUGGGCUUGUAUGAGGGAAAAAUAUGCCAAAGCUAUGUUAGUUCUUUUUCACAUAUCACACAUAGUUAUUGUUAGUCAUCCAACUCAUACAUUUGACUACAGUUACUUACAUUUAUUCCGAGCUCUUGAUAAAAUCAGACAAAAAGUAUCAACACAAUUAUCAAGUGUACUUGGUACCAUAUCUGGAUUACCAAAAAACUGGAUAACUAAUUGCAGACCCUGCCCUCCACGUGUAUUAUUUUACUUCGAGACUGGACCAGCUGAGCUCAAGCAAACAGCAGAAAAUUUGCCAAACAUAAAGCAGCUCGAGCAUUCACUGGAAGAUCAAAUCUACCAUAUACUAAAAGAAAACCAUGUGGUCCAUAACAUCAGUUCUUAUUGUCUCUUUGCUAUUCCAGCUAAUCAAGAAUUUGUAUACAUCCACACCGGAUCCACGGAGUCUCGCGACAUGUAUGGGUACAUGAUGCGAAAAUUAAUAGAGAGUUGCAAAGUCAGUUCAAAUGGAUCCAAAAACAAUAAUAAUAACAACAAAAACGAGCCAAAUUUUAGUCUAGAAAAAAAUAAUGAGUUACGAUCGUUCAAAUCAUUUUUACUUCAGCACGUACAUCUGGCAUUCAGCAAAGGGUUUGAUGACAACAGUAAAGUUGGUCGUCAUCCAGUCCCUUCGUAUUUUGAAAUACCAUCAGCUCCGGUGUUCUUCAAAGUCGCUAAUGCGGUUUACAAAUUUUUUAUGCUAAGCACUGACAAAGAUCUUUUAAUUUUACACGGCUUGCUCAAUACAGACGUUAAAUUUAGCAAGAGCAAAUGCAAUAAGGUAUUGCCACGUGCGCUGCAAACUUAUCAGGAAAAUUUGCCACAACACUAUGGCCGUGUUUAUCAUGAAACAAAGUUGGCUCACGCGAUGACUGUCUUUGAGAUGCAUGCACGAGGUCCACUCUAUGAUGAAUUUAGCGAAAAGUUACAGAUGGAGUGCGACAAACAUUGGCGGGCUGGCCGACAAAUGUGUGAAGUUUUAUCGCUAACUGGUAAUCCAUGUACUAAUCGACUUCAUAGAGGCGGAAGUGAGGGUGGUGGUAGCGAACUUGCUGAUGUUCGUGAGAUUGACAAUGAUUUGCCAAUUUUAGAGCACUGCAGUGGUGUUAGAUAUGUUUGUGCUUGCAAUUGCGGGCAAUGUCAAGGACCAAGAGAAGACCCGUUCAGUUUACGACAUGCUAAUUAUGAAUGGUUUCAAUUGAUGGCGAAACAGUGCGGCUGUACGCAGCCAGCGCAACUUUUUUCAGGUGGCCCUAGGAAAGAUUCAUGUAGUCGAGUUGACAUUCCAACUUCGGAAAAUCAAACACUCGCAUGCGGUUCAGCAGACAGUCCUUUACGUGGUAUUGAAAAUAAUAUUGAAGGGUAUGAAAGUGGCGGGCAAUUGCAAUUACAAAGUGAUUCUGAGGGUGAAGAGGCUCGAGGCCUUGAUGAUAAAACAAAUCUUUCUCAAAGUGAAGCUGAUAAAAUUGUGAUCCGAGUUUCUGACGCCGAUUUAGAAAAUACUAAAGAAAAAUCAUUAGUAAGACAACCAUCAACAACAGAAUAUUUACCAGGAAUGCUGCAUACUGAAUCACCUGCUGGUCUCUUACCACAAUUUUCAAGCUGGUCGCUGGUAUGCUUAGGCCCCAGCAGUUUGUACUCGCACAAUCUUGGUCUUCAGCACCAAGCCGGUAUGUUGCCUACUUCAGCAUUUUUGUUACCCUGGGACGUGACAGUCAGACUGGAGCACCAAAAAGACAAAGGUUCUUUUUGGCCCAUGGUUGGAGAUAAUCAUUCCUCACAUAAUUAUAAUAGUCGUGGAAAAAAUUAUCAGAAUAUUAAUGCACUGAAGUGCAGAAAAUCGAAGGGUGGAAAGGAAUUUGUUGUUAAAAUUUUUGUGGGUGUUGAGUACGAGUGUCCUCGAGGCCACCGUUUUAUGGCUUCUGCUCCUGAUAAAGUUCUCAAAGCCACUGGAAGUGGAAUUGUUAAAGACAGUGGGAAUAAAGUGACAUCAAACACUGCUGAUAUGCCACUGUACUUUCCUUGCCCUUGCAGGCAACCAAAACCAUUAAUUGCUCAGUUAAUGAGGAUCCAUGUUGUGACACCCAAAGCUCCUGUUCACGUUACACUUAAUCCUAAAGUACAACCAGGACCACCACCGUGUCCCAUCUUUGUUUCUGGGAAUGAAGAGCCAAUUAAAUUAUCACAAAGCGCUUAUUGGGUUUUGCGACUACCGUAUCCUUUUUAUGUGCAAUUUUUAAAAAAUAUUUUUUUAUAUGUAUAUAUGGGUGAAAAAGGACCUUAUCUUCCACCAAAGGAACCUGUAUCAAUUUCGCAUGGAAGAUUACUUGCUGGAAUGUAUGGUAUCAGUGAAGUUGUUCCAGAAAAAAAAAUAAAUGUAUAA